GGGAGGGAGAAAACAGGCUAUGCUAGGUAGCAUCCAUACUCAGGGUAGGUACCUAACCUAGUGGGCUUAGGUGGUAUACGGCCAUCGAUAGGAGCAAGGAUCUUCCCAUAAGCUCGAGCUGUCCCAGAGCUGAGCCCUACGGGAAGCUAUGAUAACACACACGAGAUAACAGGAUAAGGCGAUAAACCCCAGGUUGUGCCCGUUGGCUUGCCUACUUUUCUUCCUUACUUACCUCCUCUAUGUCCGACUACUGCCCACUCUAACCACAACACUCCAACCACGCACUCUCUGCCAUAUCCGUCUCCCUCACGUAGCUUAGGAGGCAACUACUACGUUGCUACCUCGUUGAGGACGCCGAAGGCCAAAUCCUACGAGGCUCCCUCCAUCACCGAUCUUCAGGCGGGAACCCGAAUCGUCUUAUAUACUUGGACGCUCUCGUUACCAACCCGACCACCUCCAUCCCCUAUACACCGUCUCAACAGCCCAUUCCAAACUCGGCACCCUUCUAUCCAACAUGGCCUCUCAAUCUAGCAACGCCCCAAUUAGCCCUACCCGCCUAAAGCAGAUUGCCAUGGACGCCUGCCAAAGCGCUAUUGGAAGUGCUGAAUUCUACGAGCAUCCCAAAGUCGAAGGCUGGAAUUCAACCAUCAUCAACUCCAUCCUCAAAGCCAUCAUUUCCGAGUCGACUCCCUCCGGUUCCCAGACCCCGACCCACAAAUACGUGGUCAACAGCACCAUCGUCCAACAUCUCGUCCCGACGUCGGCCCUCAACAAGCCCAAAGGCGGGAGCGAAGCGAAGGCUGACAGUCCGCGUAUUAGUACCGGUGAUGGCAGCGGUGGCGCCACCGCGACGGACGGGAAGCCUCACGUCGGCCGGCGAGGCAUGCACUCAGCUACCCAAGCCUUCUGGAACGAGAAGACGGACGGCAUGUGGAGCUUCAAGUACGACGGGGGCGAGAGCAAGGGAAUGGACGUCGUUAUCAGCGUCAUCUGGAUCGGCAUAUAGGAGAGACGGUUGGCAACGAAAACGGGCCUCCCCCGCCGGAAGAGAGCCAUUCUUUCACGAGCAUACCGCACGCUAUACAGUGUAUGAAGAUACGGGAAAGA